AUGUACAAGACAGGCAUCAGUGGUGAAAAGGACUUCGAGAAGAGAUUUCGGACUCAAAACAAUUAUUUGAAAUUCGAGUAUCUGACAACUUCGGUCUCUUACAAAUUUAAGUUGGAUCUGUGCUUCGAUAUUUACUGUAAUCAACGUUUUUACCCCUCUUCCUGGUUGGACGACGUCGUGCCGAAAGACAGAGACCCGAAAUUCAUCCCGAAUGUUUCGGUAAUCGAAACGGGUGUCGCUUCAAUAACGAUUGCGUGGAAUGCACCGCCGACGGACUUGCAGGACCGCGUUUAUUACUAUAAAUUAGCGUUGAGCACUGACAACUUGCCCAACAAACCACUGUACGUGAACAAAACCGAGAAUUCUCACACAUUCGAAGAUCUUCUGCUGAACAAAACUCAUCGAUUCAAAGUAGCAGCCUGCAGCGAUUACAAAACGCAAUGCGGUAAUUGGAGCGAGGAAAAAGAAGCUUUUACGUACAUCACAAGUAUGGAUUCCAGAAGUGGGAUACAAGAUGAAACAUGGCUGAUUACGGGAACAAUUGCUAUUCUAUUUGUCAUCGUCGUUGUAACGAUAGCGGCUUGGAACUUUCGCAGAAAGGCAUUGAAACGAAAGUUGAUCAAAGCAAGACUAGAGUACUUCAAUUCCGGGGCCCCGAUUCCUCUGGAUCCAGAAUUGGCUGUGAGCGAUCAGGCCGAGUUACUGCCGUACAACAAGAAAUGGGAAUUCCCGCGGGAUUUCUUGAAACUUGACGAAGUAUUAGGAAGCGGUGCAUUCGGCGUAGUGAGGAAGGCACAGGCAAAGACGAUCUGCUCACGCGAAACAGUCACGACAGUUGCGGUCAAGACGGUCCGACCGACGGCCAACCUGAACUGCAUGAAGGCCCUUCUUCGCGAACUCAGGAUUCUCGUUUACUUGGGUCAACAUCUGAACAUUGUCAACCUUCUCGGCGCGUGCACCAAAAAUAUUGAUUUUGGCGAACUCUUGGUCAUCGUCGAAUACUGCCGGUACGGGAACUUACACGACUACUUGGUGCGACGCAGAGUCAACUUCAUCGAUCAAUUGAACGAAUUCGGAGAAAAACUAUGCGAUUCGGCUGCCCGUGAAGACGCGAUCAAGGUCGAUGACGUUGGUACAAACACGGACAGCCGUUCCGAUGGCAAUUCGACAAUAGUUAACUGCUCGAAUAACGUUACUUCCAAGACUACGGAUGCAAGAGUGGACGACUGUUCCCCGAAUGUCAGUUUAACGGAACUCAACGCGCCGUUGAAGUAUCCAGGUGAUCGGACGGAUUUCAACUCAAGGCCGACGUGCACGCACGACUUGGUGUGUUGGGCUUGGCAGGUUUCUUGUGGCAUGCAGUAUCUCGGUGCGAAAAAGAUCAUACACGGUGACUUGGCAACCAGAAAUAUACUUCUCGCCGAUGACAACGUGGUAAAGAUCUGUGACUUUGGUUUGUCAAAGUCUCUUCGGGAAGAAGAGAAUCAGAAGAGCAUGGAGAAUGGUCCUCUCCCCGUAAAGUGGAUGGCCAUCGAGUCGCUCAGGGAUCGAGUGUUUUCUACCAAAUCGGACGUCUGGUCUUUCGGCGUCGUUUUGUGGGAACUGUUUUCUUUGGCGAGAACUCCUUAUCCCCUGAUAAGACCUGAGGAUAUGUGCCGAAAACUAGCCGAAGGUUAUCGUAUGGAGAAACCGCCGUACGCGCCGAGAAGCAUUUACCAAAUGAUGCUUCGUUGCUGGAAUGCGGAGCCGUCGGAACGACCGUCGUUCGAAAAGCUGACGAUGAACAUAGCCGACCUGAUUGAGGAGCACGUGAAAACGUUUUAUCUGGACCUGGGCAAUCCGUACACCAAGAUUUACGCUGAUAUCUGGAAACACGAGAGAGAGACUGCGAUAAGCGCGGAAGAAUCUGACGCCCUCGAAGUAGAAUAAUGAGAAAAUAAUUCUGCAAUGAACCCGAGACGCGGAAUUUCCCGUCAAUAUCUGCAGUCCGUUUUAACUUCUAUAACUCGUUACAUUUUUAGCCACAAGUUCGCUUCUCGUAUAUUAAUUACAUAAUUACCGAAUGUAAAUUUAAUCAUUAAAAAUCCACUGUGAAGAAAUACAUUGGAU